GUCAUCGCAUGAUGUUGCGUUUGAAGCAGAACCGGCAAGUUUAGGAUUGUUUGUGUAGACUCGGCUAGGUUUUCAUUUGUUAUAGUUUAGUUUACAAGAAUUACGUUAAAAGCUAUGGUUGAUAGUCCGGUAGAAGAGCUAGAGAGUUCGGAGUUAGGCACUAAAGAAUACUGGGAGACGAGCUACGAAACGGAAAUUCAAAACUACAAAAGCCAUGGGGACGUCGGGGAAGUCUGGUUCGACGAAGAUAGUCAACUUAGAAUUAUCAAAUGGAUCGAAAAGCAAGAAGCUUUAAUAUGUCAAGAUGACGCUAUCAUUGAUUUGGGCUGCGGAAACGGUAUGAUGUUAGUGGAACUAGCUCGGGAAGGUUACAGUGAUCUUACCGGAGUAGAUUAUUCACCUAGAGCGAUUGAGCUUGCCCAAGCAAUAUGUACAGAUCAAGAUAUGUGUAUCACCUACAAAGUGGUUGAUUUACUGGAUAGAACAGAUGUGAUGACCCUGGGUAAAUUCAAAAUCGUUCACGAUAAGGGCACCUAUGAUGCAAUUAGUUUACAUCCGGAGGAUUCGAAAUCCAUGCGGGAAAGCUACAUGCAAAGCGUUGAUCAGCUGCUGAAAGACGACGGAUUGUUUAUUCUUACCUCCUGCAACUGGACUCAGCUGGAGCUGGUGAAAAGCUUCGAGAAGCAUUUUAGUUUAUACCAGGUUAUUCCGACACCCUCGUUUACAUUCGGCGGUACCGUGGGUAAUGUGGUUACUUCCGUUGUAUUCAGUAAAAAAACUAAGCAAUAAAGCUUUAUGAGUUUUAA